AUGCGGUCUGUGCUGACUCCACUGCCGCUGAGGGGCCUGACAGGCCCGGCCCGGCGGCUCCCCGUGCCGCGGGCCCAGAUCCAUCCCAAGCCGCCGCGGGAGCAGCUCGGAACCAUGGACAUCGCCAUUGGCCUCACCUCCUGCUUCCUGUGUUUCCUCCUGCCGUCGGGCUGGGUCCUGUCACACCCAGAGAACUACAAGAAGCAGGAGAGACAGGAGCUGUCCUCUCCCUCACCCUGUGACCUGACCACCCCGGCCUGUCCUGAUCACGUCUGCUGCAUUCCUGGCCGGCCUCCCGGGAUCAUGUCCUUCAGUUACAGUGACCUCUUCUGCAAUCAUGACCUCUUCAUUUCUCCAUGUUGA